CCCUGGGCUUCCGUAGCUUGGACUUGUACUUGAUUUGAGGCCCUGCUGAGCUACAGAUCUAGGAAUUUCUUGAUCGAUUUAUAACCGCCGACGACUCAACGCCCGCCGCCGACUCAUCAGCCGACCGAUUCGAUUUAAACGUCGCCACCACCAUCAGACACCCCUUUAAAUACACCUCAGCCGAGCGAUCUCAAGCACGAGGGCUUCUCCAUCCCAUCCCCAAGAGCCUCCCAAGGCCUCAGCAGCCUAUGUAGAUCGAUCAAUUCCAUCGCCGAACAAUUCCAAACCCACCGCCGGCUCGGCCGACCGAUAUAGAUAACCUGCACCACAGCAUCGGCCGUCUCAAGCCUCCAAGCUCUGCCCCCUCUUCUCAAACGAUUGCGCUGAACAAUUGCGGCUACCCUUUGUUGAGACGUAAGCCCAACACUCGCCAGAGCAGUCUCCAACCGGAUCAAGGAUGGCCUCGGAAGCUUGGCGGAAAACAUGCUCAAUACCACUCAGAACUUCAUCUCUUGUCUAUCGAUCUACAACCAAACCAAACCCAGCUCAUCUAUCGAAGAUUCCACAGCACUCAAACCACACACUCGGGAUGCUCCACCGGCGCUUAUUCCAAGCCACCGUCUGUUCGAUCGGACAUCAGCCCUCUGCCAACAAGUCUGCCAGUCUGUUUCGAUCACUGGUACCACACCGGGACUCACUGCGAUCAUCAAGACCGCUGAAGGGAUGGAUUCUCAGAUAUCAAUCAAACAGCGCUUGCGAUCAUGAUGCACCGAAUGUACCGGCGGUCAAACUCAAAAGAAUCGAGAAGGAACCAAAGCUGAACAACCUCAUCAAACGAAUCGAACCAUACCUUGCUCUGUCAAGAGUCCGAGCCCCGAUAGGCGCUGCACUACUCUUCCUUCCGUGCGGCUCGUCCCUCGCCCUGGCAGCCUCCAGCGCGGCAGUCAGCCCGCAAUUCUUGAUCGCACAGACCUGUCUUUUCGGCUUGGGUGCGUUUGUGAUGCGAGGGGCUGGAUGCACGAUCAAUGAUCUGUGGGACCGCUCGAUCGAUCAGAAAGUCUCACGCACCCAGCUCAGACCGCUAGCCUCCGGUGCACUCUCUCCAGCCAAUGCGAUCGGUUGGCUUGGCCUCCAGCUUUCGAUCGGCUUGGCCAUCUUACUCCAAUUGAAUAUCUAUAGCAUCUUGCUCGGUGCUUCUUCGCUCUCUCUGGUCAUCAUUUACCCUCUCAUGAAACGGAUUACCUAUUGGCCUCAAUUCGUACUAGGACUGGCUUUCAACUGGGGUGCACUGCUUGGUUCAUCAGCCAUCCUGGGCCAGACAGACUGGAAAGUGUCGAUCCCAUUAUAUGUGGGACACAUAUGCUGGACGAUCGUGUACGACACGAUCUAUGCCCAACAGGAUAAGAAAUCGGACGUCCUGGCCGGUGUCAAAUCGACUGCGCUCCUCUUUGGGGCCCGCCCAGUACCGAUCUUGGCCGGCUUUUCUACGGCCUUUGUAGGCUUCACAGCUCUCAGUGGCUUCAUGAAUGGCUGUGGGAUCCCAUUCUAUAGCUUGGCGGUCAUUGCUCCCGCCAUUCAUCUCGCUCAUCUCCUGGCAAAUCUCCAGCCGGACUCCCCUUCGGCCUGCCAUAGUAGCUUCAUCGCUAGCGCUAUCACUGGUUCAUUGGUUUGGGUUGGCUGUCUUCUCGACUAUUGUACGAGAUUCUUUCUGAUUUGAAAGACUGAUGUGUUACAGUAUUAUAAAUAGGUGUUGCUGUAUCUAUUGAAGAAAAACAAAAAUAGAAUCAAUGCUUGAGAUUGGCUGUUUGUAAGAAGAAAAAUGUACAGUGCCCUGGCACUCUUCUGUGUAACCCAUGCGCCUGCAACAUUAUUUUUGAACUUUGACUGGUAUGUUUGUCCACUCAAGUGAGCUUACAUACAUGUACUGUAUAUUUUUGGGCUCUACAUAAGUGGUGUAGAACCCAAAUCUACAACCACAACUUGGUAGGUGUAAUAAAAAAAAGUUUCAAUUU